UCUCUCUCUCUCUCGUUAUAUAUAUGCCACAACAUGACUUCUUGCAACCAAAUAGAAUUUUCUUUCUUCUUUUAGCAACAAACAUGAGAGUUUUUUAAACAUUCUAUACAUAUAGACUCUUCUCUCCCUUCUUUUAGUAGCGUGUACAUCGUUGAGUUAUUUGUCUCUCUGAAUUAUCAUGGCGGAUGUUCAUAAAGGUCUUGAUGCGACUGGAAUCAAGUUAUUUGGCAAGAUGAUUAACGUACAAGCGAUGAGAGAAUUGAAAGAAGAGCAGGUAUGUAAAUCAGAAGUUGAUGAUGAUCAAUCCCUAGCGAAUAAAAGGCCAGACAAGAUCAUACCAUGCCCUAGGUGCAAAAGCAUGGAGACAAAGUUUUGCUAUUUCAACAAUUACAAUGUUAAUCAGCCAAGACACUUUUGCAAAGGGUGUCAAAGGUACUGGACAGCUGGUGGUGCCCUUCGAAACGUGCCAGUGGGGGCUGGCCGUAGGAAGGCUAAGCCACCAUGUGGCCAUGGUGCAAUGGAUGACAGCUUCUCAGACGUUUCAUUUUUUGAAGAUACCACAACAACAAGCGGCAUCCACUUUGAAAGGAUGAUGGAGUGGCACUUAGCAGCACAAGGCAGUUUUCAACAUCUUUUUCCGGCAAAGAGACGAAGAAACACCACCGGUGACUUUUGAUCGAGAAUAUAUACAUAUAUGUAUUAGAAAAGCAAUUAAUCUGUCUUGGUAUCUAGGACCACUGUUAAUUAUUUGAUUAUUAUUAAAUAAGUAAUUAUUGCGUAAGUAAUAAUUAGUGUGAA